CUCCUCUCUCCACUUUUCUCAUCUUCUCAUCUUACCAGUUCUGAAUUGCUUUUCGUUGUCGUCUUGUCAGUCCUUACCCUUUCACGGCUUGUCCUGGUUUUCCUCCACAGAAAUUCAUUCUAAACACCUUCAAUUCCGAACCCAAACUCUUCCAAAUCGAAGCUCCUACUUUUGAAUUGAGUUCAAUUUCUUCACUGCCGAGUUCCGUAAUUUAGGGUUUUCGAUUUUAAUGGCGGCGCUUUUGGAGGAGAUUGUGCAAUCGGUGGAGUUGUGGUUGAAGCUGAUCAAGAAGCCCCAGCCUUAUGUGGACCCGAAUCUCGACCCGGUUCUUCUGGUGCCUGGAAUCGCUGGCUCGAUUUUGAAGGCCGUCGGUGAUGAGAAUGGUAAAGAGGAAAGGGUUUGGGUUAGGAUUCUUUCUGCUGAUUACAAGUUCCGGACCAAGCUUUGGUCUUGUUUCGAUCCUGCCUCUGGUAGAACUGUGUCUUUGGAUUCAAAAACAAGUAUAGUUGUCCCUGAAGAGAGACAUGGUCUUUAUGCGAUUGAUGCACUGGACCCUGACAUGGUUAUAGGACGUGAAUGUGUUUAUUAUUUUCAUGAUAUGAUUAUGGAGAUGAUCAAUUGGGGUUUCCAAGAGGGGAAAACUCUUUUUGGUUUUGGAUAUGACUUUCGCCAAAGCAACAGAUUGCAGGACACUUUGGAUCGCUUCAGUGCAAAACUAGAGUCGAUUUACAAAGCAUCUGGAGGGAAAAAGAUAAACAUCAUAACUCAUUCCAUGGGGGGUCUUCUUGUGAAAUGUUUCAUGUCUUUGCAUACUGAUGUUUUUGAGAAGUAUGUAAAGAAUUGGAUUGCAGUUGCUGCUCCAUUCCAAGGUGCACCUGGCUAUAUUACAUCCACCCUUUUGAAUGGAAUGUCAUUUGUUGACGGAUGGGAGCAGAAUUUUUUUGUAUCAAAAUGGAGCAUGCACCAGCUGCUGAUUGAAUGUCCCUCCGUAUAUGAAUUGAUGGCUUGUCUGGAUUUUGAUUGGGAACACAUUCCUCUGUUAGAACUCUGGCGAGAGAAGCUUGUUGAUGGGAACUCUUGUGCAAUUUUAGAGACUUAUCCGCCUCUUGAGAGUGUACAAAUCUUCAAGGAAGCUCUUUUAAAUAACACAGUGAACUAUGAUGGUGAAGAUAUUCCCAUGCCGUUUAACUUGGAGAUCUUGAAAUGGGCUAAUGAAACACGCGAGGUUCUUUCUCGUGCCAAAGUUCCUUCAGGAGUUAAAUUCUACAAUGUAUAUGGGAUCAAUGUCGAGACACCUCAUAGUGUUUGCUAUGGAAGCGAGGAAAAACCUGUCAAGGAUCUUCAAGAAUUAAGAUAUUUCCAGCCUAGGUACAUUUGUGUCAACGGUGAUGGGACAGUUCCAGCAGAAUCGGCUAAGGCUGAUGGGCUUAAUGCAGAAGCACGGGUUGGUAUACCCGGCGAGCAUCGAGGAAUCCUUUGCGACCAUCACCUAUUUCGGAUUCUCAAGCACUGGCUGCGGGCAGACCACGAUCCUUUCUACAACCCUGUAAAUGACUACGUGAUUUUACCGACCGAGUUCGAGAUGGAGAGACACACAGAGAAAGGCUUGCAAGUGACAUCACUGAAAGAAGAAUGGGAAAUCAUCUCAGAUGACUCAGACACCCAAGACGGUAAUCGAAAGCCUUUGACGAGCUCUAUAACUCUUUUUCAAGAUGGAGGCAAUAAAUCUUCGCAAGCCGAGGCUUGUGCCACGAUUGUUAUACAUCCUCGGAAUGAAGGCAAGCAGCAUAUUGAACUGAAUGCCGUAAGUGUCUCAGUUGAUGCUUGAAUUAUGUGUGUAAAAACAUAUAUACAGUAACUUUGUAAGAGCCGGCACAUAUGAUUUAAUGCUAUAUUGCAAUCGAAAUCCUGUACAUAAAAACCUCAUCCGACACUGCUUCACGGCCUCUCCAUUGUAAGAUAUGCCCAUUGAUAGUGUAAUUUGUACAUCACUGCCAAGUAAUUGAACUCUUUAAUAUCAUGUACUCUGCACCAAUAUGAAAUAAGGAAAAAUAAGAUUUUCCAUUA